GACACGAGAAUCGAGGCGACCGAGUGAGGUCGGUUCAGUGAUUCGCACGAUGCCACCGUGAUACGUGUGUCGUCGAGUGUUCCUUGUUAACGACACGCGCACGCAUCACGUGGCGCACGCACAUACCAUUGUGUGGACAAUAACGUAAUCCUCGGCGACACCCCAUCUUUUGUGGGACGAACACAACCUGACGACCGACGAUUGAAGGAGAAGCGACGUUGGACGACUGCUCGUGCGCGACCAUCGAUGCGUCAGUGAUUAUUCGUCGCUGUCGCCGUUGUCAUUGGAUAUAUGUCCGCCGGAGAAGUUCGAUAUGAGUAUAGACGGAAACACAUUCUGCGGGAGAAGAUGACCUCACGUCGUCGCGUCCUGGCAGGAAUUCGCCGAACUAUAUUUGUCGCCGGUAUCCUGACGCUUGUCAUCUUAGCGCUGUCAGAUCAGGAUGGCAACACUUUACAGCAGGCAAAUUCGUUGGAGGACGCGAAUUUAACACCAGAAGAGAAAAUAUUGGAGCAGAUCGCUGCAGCGGAAACCGAGCAACGUUUAAUAGUUAGACGGAAAUUCCUGGCGGAAAAAUGCGCCGAAGAAGGACUCGAUCGUCCUGGUAACGAUUCACUUCACAGGCCAAAUGCCUGGGAGUUCCUUGUAAAUAAAGAAUAUCACCUUAUAUGGUGUAAUGUUUUCAAAGCGGCUUCCACGUCGUGGAUGUAUAAUUUCAAUUUACUCGCAGGAUAUAGUCCGCAAUUCCUGAAAGCUUCAAAGGCAGUGCCGGUUUCGUUGGCUAGACAGAGGUAUCCUAGACACACUGCGGAGGAAUUAACUAAAUUUCUGAACGACAGUAUUAGUUUCUUGAUAGUGCGACAUCCAUUCGAAAGAUUGCUAAGUGCCUACCGGGACAAAUUGGAACACAGUCUACCGCACACGUUUCACAGCAAUCUUGGUGCACAUAUAGUUUGGCAUUACAGAGCAAAGAAUCCAAAGACGAAUACCAGACAAGGGCCAAGAUAUCCUGUCUUCGAAGAAUUCGUACGAUGGCUGUUGUGUCAAUGGAAAGCGGGGAAUGAUCUGGAUAUGCAUUGGACACCAGUGGUGAAUUUUUGCACACCUUGCCAAGUGCGAUUUGAUGUGAUAGCUAAAUUCGAAACAUUGCACGAUGACCAAGACUAUCUGAUAAAACAAGCACAUGUAGGACACAUUAUCAAACCGGAAUGGAAAAAUCCAACUAGAGGUGUCCAGACGAAAGACGUUAUAAAAAAUUAUUUUAUACAAUUAUCUAAGACGCAGAUAAAUGAACUUUACGAAAUGUUCAGAUACGACUUUGUGCUGUUCGACUAUUCACCGGAAGAGUACCUAGCAAUUGGAAGAGAUGAAGUCACUACGCUAAUAUGUAAAAAAUGAUGUUGGCAUUUCAUUUGUUUUUCAUAUGUAUGCACAUAUGUAUGUAUAUAUAUAUAUAUAUAUAUAUAUAUAUAUAUAUAUAUAUAUAUAUAUAUAUAUAUAAACAUGCGAAAUUUUUAUUUGAAUGACGCAUAUGACAUACAACGAAACUGUAGGUAGUAUUUAAAUGAAUUUAGAAUGAGAAUAAACUCAAUUUAAAUUCUCGAUAUGUAUAUAGUAACGAUCAUAUCGAUCAUACCGUUGAUACAUUUCUUUUACCUCAUAGAAUUUAAGAUAAAAAUAAAAUUAUAGAAGAUAAAAUAAUAUCUAGUGAUCUUCUGGUUUUAUAAUUUAUGUGUAAGCUAUUAUAUUGAACAUCUUGAUAGUAUGUUAUAAUUAAUUUAACUGUUGUUAUACAUCAGAUAUCAGUAAAUAGAACACAAUGGAAACAUACGACGAAGAACAUUUUAAAUAAUAAAGAUAUCUUAUUAAUAUAAAUAAUGCAUGUUCUAUUGCUUGAUGAUAGUUAAAUUAUACAAACUAAAUUUUUGCAGAUGUACUGUUCUUGAUUUUGAUUUUAGUCCUUUUCCUUAACAAGGAACACAAACUAUCUAUCUCCGAUUUUGAUAAAAUUUAGCAUAUUUAUAAAGUAGUCAAAAUUAAAAGAAACGAAAAGUUUUAUUUUUUUAUUUGAGAUCCAAGCGUAACAGGUGAAAUUAUUCCCAUAAAUUUUAUCUCUUUUGUGAUAUUUCAGUAACUAUU